UGUUGCGCAAUACUACCGUUGUAUGCAGCGGAACACUGUGGCUGUGUUCUAAAAACCUAGUGAGCUUCAUUCUUAGACGGUAUGUUGAGUAGCAUAGGCGCGUGCAGCAUUUGUAUGCAUCUUUGGCUCGGAAAUAUGAUUCAUGCGCCUAUGAUGACCAAAUAUGCAGCUGUUUCGGAACACGCAUAUGAUUCCCAAAACGCAGUUUUUAAGGUAGCUCAGUAGGCGUUGAAACACGGAUUACGAGUAGGCCUAUUAAGAUAACUUUUCACCGAAUUGACAUGAUUUGACAUUUUUUCUCACCACAAACCAAAUCCGGGCGUUUUUUUUUAGCUCUUGUACCGUCUGGUGUGAUUCACAAAGAGCGUCUUCCUUACUGAAACGGUGGACAUAUGAGCGUCCGUGACUAACAAAUAUGAGCACCAACACCAUCCAGUAAGAAAACAACUUGACAACACUUUUAGGACUUACCGUUCGUAUUCAAAUGUGGAGUGAGAUGUUGUGAAGAAAAGCACCUGGCUGGACAUCGUCAACAAACUCUACAAAGGUUUAAUUUAUCUGUCCACACUUGAUAAUUUCUCGUCUUAUCAGCAAUGGACGGUUCUGAAAACUCGGGGAGUAGUAUUAUUUGGAUUGUCUGGGGUUAUCUCUCAGGGGCUAUUGCUAGAUACUUCAGACCGGAAGUCACAGAUGAAAGAAACCAAAAUAGUGUUGCUUCAAAAAAUACAGCAAAUGAGAUUAACGAGGAAGAAAAUGAAAAUGAAGCUGAGAAAAAGGAGGGUAAGAAAUGUUAUGAGAAUGAAAAAAAUACAGAGGUCAAAUGCUUAUUGCCUGGGGCCAGUAUGCAAGUUGCCUCGGCACAGUGGGAAAACACUGAUGUGGUCAUGAAUGAUCAUAAUGAACUUAAUGUAAACAACACAGAGAAACAAACUCACCAUUGUACACUGUGGUCCACUGGCACAGACCAUGGAGAGAGUGUUUCAGGUUAUGUAGACAACAAUGGACACAAGAAAAAGAGUGGAACGAUAACUUUGGAUGUUCAGAUCAAUAACGAAAAUGAAGAGCGACAAAAAAGUAAAGCAUGCAUUGAAAAAGAGGCAGUUUCUUCUGAAGCAAGCAGUGAGGAUAAUGUGGGUCGUAAGGUGAGUGAAACUGAACAAGAGCCAGAAGAAAUUGUGGACAUUGAACAAAUGCAUGAUACUAAUGAAGAUAAAAAAGAAGAAUGUGAUCAUUCUGUGAUUAAAAGAAGAUUUGAUGAUGUGAGCAAAGACGUUCCAGAAGUAAAGAUAGAAGAAGAAAAUUCUCCACUGACAGACUGGUCAACUACUGUUGAUUUAGAUGUACAGGCAUUGAAGGACUCUUCUUUGGACUUUAGUGUUCAAAAAUCUAGAAUUGCUGUGAAGAAUCCCCUAGUUCGGCCACCUAAAGACCACAGAAAACUUGUUUUCAAGGCCUCAGUGGAACCCUCCUUUCUCCCAAAGCCUCAACCAUGCAGCCUGUUGAAGGCAGGCCAGGGAAUUGCAGUCUCUGUGCCAAGUAAAGGGGUCAUUGGAUUUAAACUCCCAGGAAAGGGUGCUGUGAUGCCCGCACUUAUAAAAACAGAGUUUGGUAAAAAAGCAAAAGAGGAAGGGGAGGCAGAGAGCCAAAUGCUGGGACAGGAACAAGUAUGGGUGCACACUAUUUUACAAAAGUCAGUGGCAGUAAAAGAAGAUUCUGUCAAACAAGAGCUAGCAUCACUUAAACCCAAAUGGACACCACCAAGACAUCCUGGUAUGGGCAUUCCCGUGAUGAUGGCAGAACUCAAAGGCAAACUCAAAAAGCCUGUUAAGGAGUCAUAUAUUUGAUUAUUUCAUUCUAUUUGGAUGCAGAGAUGCAUUCUCCACAUGGUUUCUGUUUGUUAAUUGUUUUCUUAUUUAAGCAUUAUACAACCUGGUUUGUGUUGUGGGAGGUCUGAAGCCCAUGUUUAACACUGAAGUUAAGCAACAUUUCAUUUCACUUCUGCCAUUGCAUUAGAUAUCUGCACACUGCUCGGUGAAUUUAAGCUGUGAUAUGAAAUUUCCUCUUUAAGACUUUCAAUCUAAUGUAUCGUCUCAACAUUUUGUGUGCCAUACCAAGCUCAGCCUAGCUCAGUAAUUAUUUUGAAGCAAAUUAAGUAUAAAAUCAAAAAUUCAAGUGUCAUUGUGAGCGAAAUGUCAAUAAAUUUCU